AGGCCGUGGGCUCGGGAGACCCUGCUGAGCGCGGACCUGCGCCCCAGCCUGCCGGCGCCCGGGCACCAUGGCCGACGUGGCCAUUGUGAAGGAGGGCUGGCUGCACAAGCGAGGGGAAUACAUCAAGACCUGGCGGCCCCGCUACUUCCUCCUCAAGAAUGAUGGCACAUUCAUUGGGUACAAGGAGCGGCCCCAGGACACGGAGCAGCGCGAGUCCCCGCUCAACAACUUCUCUGUGGCCCAAUGCCAGCUGAUGAAGACAGAGCGGCCCAGGCCCAACACCUUCAUCAUCCGCUGCCUGCAGUGGACCACGGUCAUCGAGCGCACCUUCCACGUGGAGACGCCCGAGGAGCGGGAGGAGUGGACCACCGCCAUCCAGACGGUGGCCGACGGGCUCAAGAAGCAGGAGGAAGAAAUGAUGGACUUCCGGCCCGGCUCGCCUGGUGACAACUCGGGGGCGGAGGACAUGGAGGUGUCCCUGACCAAGCCUAAGCACCGCGUGACCAUGAAUGAGUUCGAAUACCUGAAGCUGCUGGGCAAAGGCACCUUCGGCAAGGUGAUCCUGGUGAAGGAGAAGGCCACGGGCCGCUACUACGCCAUGAAGAUCCUGAAGAAGGAGGUCAUCCGUGUCCUGCAGAGCUCGCGGCACCCCUUCCUGACCGCGCUGAAGUACUCCUUCCAGACCCACGACCGCCUCUGCUUCGUCAUGGAGUACGCCAACGGCGGCGAGCUGGAGAACCUCAUGCUGGACAAGGACGGCCACGUCAAGAUCACCGACUUCGGGCUGUGCAAGGAGGGCAUCAAGGAUGGGGCCACCAUGAAGACCUUCUGCGGGACGCCCGAGUACCUGGCCCCAGAGGUGCUGGAGGACAACGACUACGGCCGGGCCGUGGACUGGUGGGGGCUGGGCGUGGUCAUGUACGAGAUGCUGUGCGGCCGCCUGCCCUUCUACAACCAGGACCACGAGCGCCUCUUCGAGCUCAUCCUCAUGGAGGAGAUCCGCUUCCCGCGCACGCUCAGCCCCGAGGCCGAGUCCCUGCUGGCGGGGCUGCUCAAGAAGGACCCCAAGCAGAGGCUGGGAGGGGGCUCGGAGGACGCCAAGGAGAUCAUGCAGCACCGCUUCUUCGCCAGCAUCGUGUGGCAGGACGUGUAUGAGAAAAAGCUCAGCCCCCCCUUCAAGCCUCAGGUCACCUCGGAGACGGACACCAGGUAUUUCGAUGAGGAGUUCACGGCCCAGAUGAUCACCAUCACGCCGCCUGACCAAGACGACAGCAUGGAGUGCGCAGACAGCGAGCGCCGGCCCCACUUCCCCCAGUUCUCCUACUCGGCCAGCGGCACGGCCUGAGCCCGCGGGCACGCGCCGAGCGUCGUUCAGCCCGGCCGCGGCGCCAGGCCGGCCGCCGCUCAGCAUGGACACGGACACCUUUCAGGCCGCACCGCCAGGUCGGGAGAUGACCCUGCAGGUUUCUUAAUUUAUUUCAUCCAGUUAGUUCUCCGGACCUAGCCUGGGUCCGAGCGGUGUGGCCGGGAGAGCCUGGGGCUCCAUCACGCGCGGGAGCCCCCCAACGACCAGGCACUGUCCCCCCAGCGCUGCACCCCGCCCGCCCGCCCGGCUCCGCUGUGCUGCACGCAGCGGUUUUUUACAACAGUCGACUUAUUUUUACUAUUAUAUGAAACUUUCCCUCCAAAGUCUUCAAUAAAAGUUGCU